CAAUAUAUGGUCAAGAUAAACCAUGUUGAAAGACUUGGGAAUUCUGGUCAGUGCAAAGACUGACCACGGCUCUCUAGCACUAGUGAUGAAACCUGCUCCCCUCACCCCAAAGAGAGGUGGAGGACUCAGGGAGCCAAAUAAGACAAAUAUUGUUUGGGAGCCGGGCCAGUGUGGAGAUGGAUGUGUUUUGCAGCAGAGCUUGUUUUUCUGUAGUCCUUACAAAUCUCUGGGUUUCGAGUGGGGGAGUGAGAAGGCAGAUAUCUGCUGAUUGAAAAAAAAAAAUAAGCCCAAUUUAAAACAAAUCCAAGAGAUAGAUGAGGAGAUGAGGGAGCCUCUAACCCUGGGACCAGAGCCCAAGAGAUCAGGGCCGGGGCUCCGAAGCUCUGCUUUAUACCAGGAGGCUGGCCAAGAAGAAGCCUUAUUAAGCAGGGCUGGGCUGCUCCUGACACACACGUGUGGGCUCAGGUCUUGCAAUGUUGCUACUGUUCUUGCUCUGCCUCCUUCUCCUCGCUCUGGUCCUUCAGGGCAGGGGCUUAAAGGGCUCCAAGGGCCAGCUGCCCCCUGGCCCCAUGCCCCUACCACUGCUUGGGAACCUGCUACAGCUUGGCCCUUCUGGUUUGGACAAACGGCUCAUGGAGCUGAGCUGGCGCUUUGGAUCUGUGUUCACGGUACACUUAGGCCCACAGCCAUUCGUGGUGCUGAGUGGAGCUAAUGCACUCAGGGAAGCUCUGCUUCUCCAAGCAGAUACCUUCGCUGGUCGCGGUGGCAUGGCCUCCUUUGAUCGCUGCACCCUUGGCAAAGGAAUCGUAUUCUCCAAUGGCCACCUUUGGCAUACACUCCGAACCUUCACCGUGGGAGCACUGAAAAAGCUGGGGCUGGGGACCCGCAGCAUUGAGGAGCGCAUCCGAGAGGAGGCAGCUGCCCUCGUUCAGGAACUCAGUCUCACCAAAGAAGUCCCAUUUAACCCUCUCCAUCAUAUUCGCAACGCCGUGGCCAACGUCAUCUGCUCCGUAGUGUUUGGGGAACGAUAUGCUUAUGAGGACCCAGACUUCCGCACCCUAUUGGACUUGCUGAAUGACAACUUCCAGAUCUUGAGUUCCCAGUGGGGCCAGAUGUACAACAUUUUCCCAUCCCUCCUGGACUGGAUCCCUGGUCCCCACCACCGCAUCUUCAGUAACUUUAAAAAGCUACAGGCAUUCAUUUCAGAGGAGAUCAAGAAACACAAGAAGUCAAGACAGCCUGAAGAGCCCCGAAACUUCAUUGACUUCUUCCUGGACCAAAUGGAGAAGGAGAAGCAGGACCCCAGGACCCACUUCUACAUGGAGACCCUGGUGAUGACAACCCAUAACCUAUUCUUUGGUGGCACCGAGACCACAAGCACCACCAUCCAUUACGGACUCCUGAUCUUACUCAAAUACCCCCAUGUAACAG